AUGACUGAGCACCCUCCAGGUUGGGCAGGUAUGAAAACAACUAAUGGUGAAAGUAAUCAUAGAGUUCAGGAGGAGGAGCCAGAUAUUCUCCAUGAGGGCAUUUGGGGUAAUGUGUCUGCAAGUUUACAGGGCCAGCAGGAUGGGAAAAGGCUCACGUCAUUGGGAGCCAUGGUGGGAAGUAGCAGAUCCAGUGCAUUUGGAGAUGGGGCGCUGAGGGUAAGCCUGGACAGAAAGGUGAGAUCUGGUGUAGGAAGCCUCACAUCUCAGGCUGAGCAGUUUGACUCUAUCAUGCUGGCAAGGGAAGACGCUAAGUGGCCUUGGCAGAGGGUGCUGUGGUUAAGUUUAAGAUUAGAAAAGCUGCCUUUGACAGGUAAAAGGAACUGGGGAAGUGAGAUCCAAUGUAUUCAGCUGAUUCUUAGUUUAACUAUUCUCUGUAGGCUGGCUUCAGAGACGCUGGUCUCCUGCAGAGCUCCAAGGAAGCUGGCUCCAUUUGAAUGCUGA